UUGUUGAGACAUUUGAACUCAUCAUGUUGCUGAGAAGCUGCUGCGUGGUCUGGAUUCUGCUGUCGGCCAUCGCUGCUGCUGCAGUGUUUGUGGAGAAGCAGGAGGCCCACGGAGUCCUUCAGAGAUGGAGGAGAGCCAACAGCGGCUUCCUGGAGGAGCUGAAACAAGGGAACCUGGAGAGAGAAUGCAGAGAGGAGAUCUGUGACUAUGAGGAGGCCAGGGAGGUGUUUGAGGACGACGGCAGGACGAAACAAUUCUGGCUGACGUAUGAACGUCGUGACCCCUGCCUGGUGAACCCGUGUCACAACAACGGGACGUGUGUUUAUCUGGAGACGUCGUACACGUGCUACUGUGCCGAGGGCUUCGAGGGGCAGUACUGUCAGACAGUGAUAGAAGACGCUCUGAAGUGUCUCUACCAGAACGGACACUGUGAACACUUCUGUGACGGUUCUGGACCACGACGGCGGUGUUCGUGUGCCGACGGAUACGAACUGGGAGAGGACGGACGCCAGUGUGUGGCUCAGGUGGAGUAUCCGUGCGGUCAGCUGCCUCCUCAGAAACCAGGUCUGAACCAGACUGUGGGGGGUGACACCAGACUGGUGGGGGGGAACCAGUGUCCCAAAGGAGAAUGUCCCUGGCAGGUUCUGGUCCAGUUAAACGGAAACAGUCACUGUGGAGGAGCUCUGAUCCAUCCGGAGUGGGUCGUCACCGCCGCCCACUGUAUCCACGGCAACGACCCUCAAAACCUCACCGUGGUGGCAGGGGAACACAACCUGGACGUUGAGGAGGGCACAGAACAGAAGUUACCUGUUUCCAUGGCGAUCACCCAUCAUGGUUACGUCCCGGCGACGGGUGACAACGGCGCCGUCCUGCGGCUCGGCCGUCCCGUCACCUUGAGCCGCUCCGCCGUCCCCGUCUGCCUGCCCACCGGAGACUUCGCCCAGCGGGAGCUGCUGCCGGUCCGCUACCACACCGUGUCCGGCUGGGGCAAGAGGACCUCCGGGGAAAUGCCAAGGAUCCCGCUGGUCUGCCCGUCGCCCGGUGUCCCCGUCCUCCGCAGGAUGUCCGUGCCCAUCAUCCAGAACUCCCAGUGCUCCCAGAGAGCCCAGUUCACCUUCACCGCCAACAUGCUGUGUGCCGGAUACCUGGAGGGUCGCCAGGAGAGUUGCCGCGGCGACGACGGGAGCCCGCUGGUCACGCUGUACGGCUCCACCCACUUCCUGACGGGUGUGGUCGGCUGGGGGCGGGGCUGCUCUCACCCGGGGUAUUAUGGGGUGUACGCCAACAUGGCCAGCUUUGUGGACUGGGUGGAGGGCAUCAUGAAGGACCCGCCCACCGAGGCGCCGGCCAAUGAGAAGACCUGGGAGCAAGCUUUAGAGAUGCUGGAACAGACGCUAGGGUAAACUACGGAGACCUUCAGAACCAGAUUUAAUUCUUCAUGUGAUUAGAUUUACGUGAUUUACGUGUUAUACGUUGAAUGUUUGUCCUCUUUUAGGUCCUAAUGUAAAAGAAAUAUCAUACACUUUUGUUUUUAAAAAGUCUGGAACCAUCUGAUCUCAAAGUGGAUGUAUUAGGUGCCAUGUUGAGAUGCUGAAUAAAUGUUACUGGUUCAGAAAAGAUGGAUGAGUUGUGAUCAAUGAGGACAUUUUCACACAUAAUACAGUCUGAACAAUAAGAGUUAAAGAUGUAUAAACAAAUACAAAUUAAAAGUAUUCUAACCCAAAUGUGUGAUAUCAGUAAACAAAACAUUCAUUUGUUGUUCUUUUAGACGUACAAGUCGAACCGUCUGCUUUUACUUAAAUAAAGUACUUCUUCCUCUGCUG